AUGAAGAUCUUCCAGACCUUGACGAUCUCGGAACCCGAUGAAGAACUUCCUGAACCCCUAUCUCACUCUUUCAGCCAAAUCAAUGGAUCACCUGAUCUUCCAGCUAACCCGAUCCCUACUCUCCAAGCCCAGAGGAACGUAAAACGUGAUGCUAAAAAGAAGGCCAAAGCACAAGCAGCUGAGUUGACCAUUUCAGACCGAGCACGCGCACGUCGACUCAAUGGUGUCUUAAAAAAGGCUCCACACCCAAGGGACUGUCCAAGCGCCACCAACACAGCUAGUGGCGGUCCUGGAAGCUUCAUAUCCGACCCCAUCUUGAACCAUCAACGCGGUAUCUUCAAGAAGAUUACCUUCAGUCAAGAUGAUUGGAAGCUCGUCAAAGCGCUCAAUGUUGAACUCAAACUGCAUUUGGUUCAGAUUCCUCCGAGUUCAAAAUUGCAACUCAUUUACUCACAACUCAUUUUAAUAAAAGAGAACAAUUGUUACAGUCUGAAGCAGCUCAACAAACACCAGCAGUCAAUUUACCCAGACACGGCGAGGAUUCUGAUGAUGAGAUGUUUAAUCUGA